ACGACAACUCUGGCAGAGUUUUUUUUUCGGCCGCAGCACUAAAGUACGAGCAAUAAGAAACAUUCAUUAAUUAAUUGUAAUUGACCUUAGAAAUACAUCAUUUUCUGCAAUUAAAGUAAUUCGAUUUAAGCGUGUGCGGUGGCCAUCGGUAGACAUCAACAAGCAACAACAACAACAACGAGCAACAGUGUUAAUUAGAGCAUCAAAGCAAAAAGCGUGUCAGCGAAGCACCAGAGACAAGCAAAGUGACAGAGAGACAUCGCGAGAGGCAGAGAGAGUUAGAGAGAGCAAACGAGCCGGAGUUGAAGCGACAGAAGUCGCCGCAUUUGGCCGCCCGCACGCAUAUUAAUCAUGAUAAACUGGCUAUAGGAUUGCAAAUUCCAUCGGAAAACGAAUUUUCAAUGUUUGGCUCGUGCUGCGAAUCCUGAGAAUCCAUAAAGGUCGGCUCAAGAAAUCGAAGUCAAAAGCCAAAUCGAUCUUUUGUUGCUGCAAUUAUGGUGCAGCAUCAGCCAGCGCCGUCUGCAGCUGCAGCGGGAGGAGGAAAUGCCAGUGGAACAGCUAGUGGCGGUGGCGGUGGGGGUGGCGGAGCACCAACACAGGCACAGCCUCCGUCGGCAUCAACAACUCCCGCACCGGCAACGGCACCGGCACCAACAACACCGCAGCCAGCUAAUAACAAUGGGAACGGCAAUGGAAAUACCAACAACAGCAUUGUCUCUCCCUCCAAUAAUAACAACAACAACAAUGUUAUGACUCCCGUUCAGGCAUUUGCACCAGCUGGGCAACCCAUUUACAAUCCUCAGACACUAUACAUGCCAAGCCCACAUGGUCAUCCGCAUCCGAGUGCACACUAUCAGGCAACAAUGGUACCAACCCCGUUACCAGGUAAUGUCUAUGUGAAUAAUGUCACUGCCAAUGUGAAUCUUCAUGCUGGCUGGUCGCAUACGGUGCCAGGUUAUAUACCCAGCGGAGCUGCUGGCGGUGGUCAUCCUCAAGCUCAUUAUAUCUCUGCCCAUGGUGAGAUGAGUCAAGUACUACAGGAACAGGGCAAUCAUCUAAUGCACCAACUGCCCCAAAUACCAAUAAAUCCCCCGCAGAGUCAUCCAUCAUCACGCGGUCGUGGCCAAAGACGUGGACGUGGUGGUGGUGGAUUGCGGCGUCAGGAUUAUCAUAAUCUACGUGGACAUGUGCUCCAGCCAACUGUGCAACAGCAUCCACCUACAGAUAGUCCUAGCCCUGUUUCGAAUUCAUUGCAAUUGCAAUCGGAUCAGCAGCCUUCGUCGGAGGCCCAAAUGCAAGCUGUGUCCUAUUAUACGCCUACCCAUCCCUAUGCCUAUGGCACCGGAAUCUAUUUCACCCAUCCGCAGCAUCAACCCAAUCCUGCUGCUGCCGCUGCGGCAGCCGCUGCUGCUCAACAAGCCACCGGGCCACCAUUAUACAUGAUGUAUAAUGCCCCCCUGUAUAAUUGCGGUUAUAUCUAUCAGCCGCUAAUGCAACCGCAUUCGGAAUAUCAAUAUAUGCCACCCGAAGAUCAGGUGGUAGAUGAGCGUGGUCAGACCCAGCAUCAACAGCCGGACGGAGGACCCCAGCUAUGGCACACAAUGGCUCCUAUCUAUAACGAUGACUAUCAACAGCAACAACAGCAGCAGCACCAACAACAACAGAUGCAUCCCAAUGGCGGCCAAAUGGUGGUCAAUGAUGAACUCAAUCACAAUAGUACAUCAUUGCCAUCCUCAACGGACACCUCAUCGACAAUGCUAAGUCCCAACUAUCCCGCCAUCUAUGAUCCACAAAUUCAUGAGAUGCAACAACAAAUGGGAGUCAUGCAUAUAUGUGCAGAAGAUUUCAGCCAAAUGUCACUCAUUCAUCAAGCAGCGUCUGGUCAGUAUGACGACGAAUUGGCUGAUGUUGCUCAAGCACCACCGCCUCCACAUGGAACUAUACCUGUUGCCUGGACCACAGUCCAGGCACCUGGUGCCCUCUCCUUGGCAGCCGAUGGUACAGCCUUGAUGCAACCACCGCCCCAACCACAGCCAUCAGCUGCUCCGCUUCAUAUUAUUCAACAACAGCAGCAAACAACUGCUAUUCCAGUAGCCGGGCCAGUUGCUAUUCCUGUUCCAGUGUCAGCACAAGUUUGCAUCGAUCCACAACCUGCUUUGGCUCAGUUGCCAGUCCAACAGCAGCAGCUGCCGCCACCACAGCCAUCCUCUGUACAUCCGCCACAGGCUCAGACGCCAACGGCACAGGCACAGCAGCAGUCACAUGCAGAGCCCUUAGUAGACAACAAUUUGCUAAACAAUAAUAAUAACAACGAUAAGGAAGUGGCCUUGGAUGAGAAACUACAACACCAGCAGCAACACCAGCAGCAGCAGCAACAGCAAAUUGAUGUGGUGGAAUAUCAACAGCAGCAACAACAACAGCAGCAGCAACAGCCAAAUAAAGUGCCAAAUCUUGCGGUGGCCAUAGCAACAGUGGCUCCCCAGUUACAGCUACAACAGCAGCAACAGCAACCUGUGCUACAGCAGCAACAUCAACAGCAGCAGACUUCGCCUCAGCAGCAACAGCAGCAACAACAACACCAACAGCAACACUCGGGCAAUCAUACAACAGCAACAACAGCAAGUACGCCGCAAAUAUUCGUCAGAAUAUAA